AUGUCGCCACACGCAGUUCCCCCCUCAGAAAUGGGAUCGCCCUACAGCGACAAUGUCGCCUACCUCAUGCAGAAGCACGCCGUCACAUCCAACGGUUUCCUCCCCGCCAAGGCGCCCCUGUGCCGGCUGCCAGACAUGUACUACCUGCCCUGGGAGCGCCUCGCCAACGAGAUGCCCGUGCUGCUCGACAACGGCACCCUGCGGUCACGCGUCGACGCCAUGGACGUCCUCUCGACAGAGUUCCUCCGCUCAGAGCCCGAGUGGCGGCGCGCCUUUGUCGUCUUGUCGUUCCUCACGCAUGCCUAUGUCUGGGGUGGCCAGGAGCCCGCAGAGAUUCUCCCAGCCUCAAUAUCAGUGCCCUUUCUCGAGGUCGCCAAGGUCCUCGAGCUGCCGCCCGUUCUCGCCUACGCGGGGUCCAACCUGUGGAACUUCACCACCUCGGGGCGGGAUUUUACCGACGUCGACAGCCUGCGGUGCCUGCACACUUUUACCGGCACCGAGGACGAGUCAUGGUUCUUCGUCAUCAGCGUCGCCAUGGAGGCGCAGGCCGCCUCCAUCAUCCCGUCCUCCCUCGCCGCCCUAGAGGCGAUCAAGACCCGCGACUACGCCACCAUCACCUCUGCCCUCGCCGAGAUGGACGCGUGCAUCGCCAAGGUGGGCGCGCUGAUCGAGCGCAUGCACGAGCGUUGCGACCCGGACGUCUUCUACCACAAGAUCCGCCCGUUCCUCGCGGGCUCCAAGAACAUGGAGGCCGCGGGCCUGCCCCGGGGCGUCUUCUACUCCGAGUCGGCGACGGACCCGGAGAAGGGCGAGUGGCGGCAGCUGCGGGGCGGGAGCAACGGCCAGUCGUCGAUGAUCCAGUUCUUCGACGUCGUGCUGGGCGUGCAGCACACCAACGAGGGCAACGGCCGCCCUAGUCCGGCCGCCACCCCGGCGUCGUCGUCCCGGUCGUCCCCGGAGCCGAUGGCGGCGAGCACCACAGCCCCCAAGCCCAGCUUCCACGAGGAGGUCCGGGACUACAUGCCCGGCCCGCACCGGCGGUUCCUCACCGCGGCGUCGCAGAUGGGCAGCAUCCACGAGCUCGCCGUGUCGGUGGGCCAGCUGGCAUCGACGACGACCACCACCACCACGACUACGACGCCAGAGCAGGACGCGUUCCUGGCCGCCUACAAAAAGGCCACGCAGACGCUGACGGCGUUCCGCAACAUCCACAUCCAGAUCGUCACGCGGUACAUUAUCCUGCCGGCGCGCCGGGCGGGGCAGAAGGGCACCACGGGGGCGAAGAAGGAUCUCGCCAGCGCGUCUGCCGGGGAGUCUGACGACAACGGCGCACCAGAGCUCAAAGGCACGGGGGGCACCACGCUCAUUCCGUUCCUGAAGCAGGCGAGAGACGAGACUUCGGCGGCCGGUAAUGUCUAG